AUGGAUGAUUUGCAUGGGUCUGGCGACGGGUUAUCUGAGUCGUCGACGACUGAGGAAAUGGCCCGUUUGCUGCUGGCAGGCUGGACGAUGCUGGCGGAUACUUGUUCUGAGUGCAGGGACGUGCCGUUGAUGCGUAACAAUGACGGUGCGCUGAAGUGCUGCCGAUGCAAGAAGGAGAGCCGCGAUGCGUCGCACCGCGUGGCGUCUGCGUCGUCUGAGGCGUCGAGGAGCGUGCCCACUGGUAUUGGCGAGCGCCACAAGUACAGUAUCGUGAGCGAAUACGGACUCGACUCUUGCGCGUUGAGCGGCAUCCACGGUGUGGAUGGCGACCGUGUGCUGUCUACGGUGCCCGUUGUUAAACCUGCGGCGCCCGUUGUUGCGACUGAGGGUCGUCGUCUUCAGCAGCUGUGUUUGCUGCGAGUCGAGCUGAGCAAGGCUCUGGACCGUUACACGGGUCUGCUGCACCAUAGCAACGAGAACGUGUCGUGCGACGUGCGAAGUGACAGCGAGGUGUUGGAGGCGCUUGACCGGACGUUGCGUCUGUUGUCGACUGUGGAGUCCAAGCUCUGA